AACAGCAAUAAAUGCAAAGAAACAGGUAGGUAAAGGCAGAGAAAAUAAAUAAACGAACAAACAGUUAGUCGAGAGACGUGAAGGCGCGAGUAUGUAGUUCUUGACGACGACGAAUAAAUUUAUUUUAAAGUUUUGAAUGUGGAAAAAUAAAAUAAAAGUUCAGAGAUUAGAAAUCAAAUUAGAGAAUCUUGUGCAUCUUAUCACUCUAUUAUUAUGAUUAUUUAUUUUAAUUAAUUUGCAAUGAUACCAUAGUAAUAAUAGAAAUAUUGUAUCACUCACCGGACCGAAAAGUAGGAAGUUAUACACUAUAUAUUUCAUUUGUCUGGCAUAUGUCUGAACUACUAGACUUAAACUGCACUGUUCAAAUGAAAAGAAAAGUGUUUAAAAAGAAAACACAUGAACCCAUAAAUGGUAGUGCAAUAACAGGUUCCACCAUACAGUUAGAUUCAAAAAAAAAUCUGUGAGAUUUUUCGUGAAGUUAAUCACAGUUAAAUAGUUUCAUUUUUUUUAUUUCAUUUAGUUCCUAUCUAAAGGUUCAUUUUCAGCUUUUUAGUUUUUAUAUAAAACUCAAGUUUUUGUGAUUCACAUGCAUUCACUGGUAUCAUUGAAAUCUUUAUUUUUUCAAAGUAUUUUUCCAUACACAUCCUGAGACAUAAAAAAAUAUAAAUAUUUUUUUUUAAAUUAAGCAGAAACUGAACACUGAGUUCAUAUAUGUAUUUUGCCCACAGUUGUUUGUAGAAACUCACUGGUGAAAGCGACAUGUGAAUCUAUUGUACAGAAAAAAGUCGCUAGAAUAAAAAAAAAUAGAACCGGGUAACAAUGAUAAAAAUUUAAUUGAACACCUUACAAUUAAAAAUUAAAAGCUCUACUAGUUGUCGCACAUUUAUUAAAAUGCAACUGAAGUUUUGUAACACAAAUAUUCAAACUUAGUCUACUAGAUAUUACACAUUAUAUACGAGGUAAAAAAAAUAUAUUUUUGAAAGCCAUGCAAAGGUGUGAGUCAAUAAAUUGGCAAAAAUAUGCAAAUCUUACUUAUUUUAUAUAAAAAUGACACAAAAAUAUAUGAAAUAUACUAAAAACUAAACAUAAAUAAAUAGUAUAGUGAUUAAAUAACAAUGAUUCAAGUGAUAAAUAUAAAUGCGAAAAAUAAUACAAUAAAAGUUAAAUAAUUAAAAGUUAAUAAAAAAAAACCCUAUUCGAAAAAUAAAAAAUGGAUGCUUCUUACUUCAACAUUAUUUGGAUUGUAAUUUUUGUUUUUAGUAUUACAUGCCAAGAAGAUACAGCACAUGGCUUAACUAAUGACCGAUGGUAUAGAGAUACAUUGGAAGAAAUAAAAUUAGUCAAAGCAGUUCAAGAGUCCUUAAAGGAAUGGAAAGGUCCUAGCACAAGAAACAGAUUCAAACGAGCUGAAAACAGUGUUUGUUAUGGUGAUCUCGGAUGUUUUGAAGAUGCCGGACCUUUCGGUUACCUGGACAUGCUUCCAUCUGCUCCUGAAGAAAUUGGAACUAAAUUUCUAGUCUACUCAGCGAAAAACAGAAGCGAAAAACCGUUUCUAGAAUUUUCCUUUCAAGAUGUAGCCCCAAAUAUAAAUGCUUCAAGUAUAGCAACAGAUAUAGAAGAUCGUAAAAACAUUUCAGCACCGAUAUACGAGAAAUUCGGACAUACAAAAUUCACUUCAGUUAGGGUUAUUGUACACGGUUUCGGUAGCAGUUGUCCUCAUGUGUGGAUUUAUGAAUUACGCUCAGCUUUGAUGGCCGUGGAAGAUUGUCUUGUUAUUUGUGUCGAUUGGGAAAAUGGCGCUGCGCUCCCAAAUUAUGUGCGAGCUGCUACAAACACACAAUUGGUUGGUCGUCAAAUUGCUAUCGUGCUUCGUGACUUAGUAGAGCAUAAUACUAUAGAUUUGGCAAAAGUUCAUAUCAUUGGUUUUAGCUUGGGGGCUCAUGUGGCUGGUUUUGCGGGAGCUCUGUUGCCUGGAUUGAAGAGAAUUACCGGGUUGGAUCCAGCAGGACCACUGUUUGAAGCGCAACAUCCAAAAGCAAGAUUAGAUGACACUGAUGCUCUGUAUGUCGAUGUGGUACAUUCCAACGGCCAAAACUUAAUUUUGGGUGGACUGGGGUCUUGGCAGCCAAUGGGACAUGUAGAUUUUUAUCCAAAUGGAGGAAGGGGACAACAUGGAUGCUCGAAUUUGUUUGUCGGCGCCGUAACAGACAUUAUUUGGGCUCCACCAACGGAAGUAGAAGGCCGGUCGUUGUGCAAUCACCGAAGAGCUUACAAGUUUUUCAUCGAUUCUGUUGCACCUAAUUGCCAAUUUCCUGCCUUUCCUUGUGAAACAUAUGAGGAUUUUUUGAAGGGAGAGUGUUUCAAAUGUGAGAGCAAUAGUAUUGAGUCUUCAAGUGGUGCAGCCUGUGGAAAUAUGGGUUAUUAUGCCGAUAAAUCAACAGGACGAGGGCAACUUUAUCUUAAGACAAGAGAAGAAGAGCCUUUUUGUGCUAAUCAAUACCGAAUAAGAGUUUACAGCGCACACCACGAUUUACCUUUGAGGACUUUGGGACGUUUGCAAGUUACUUUGAUGAGUGAUGGAGGAUUAACUGAAAAAUUUAUGAUAACUGAGAAAGACGACGAUGAAUUAUUUGCUGGAGAUAUAAUUUCUCAAAUUAUUGUACCACAUCCUGCUUUAGGAUUUCCUAAAAAUAUUUCGGUACUUUACACGGAAUAUAAAGGUUGGCUCACGAGAGGCUUAACAACUUGGAGCAUAAACAAAUUUCAAAUGAUGGAUAGUAUGGGGAAAACUUAUUCAAUUUGCAAACAUAUGGUCUUGGAGUCACAAGUUCCAAUUUAUUUAAUUCUAACACCUGGAGAUUGUAAGGCCAUAGAUGAUUCCGAUGAGGAGGUUGAAUUUUCUGUAGACGAAACAACCACUAUUAUGGAUGAAUUGACAACAAAAAUUAGUAUGCCUGUAAUGGAAGAAACUACUUCUUCAAAUAUCCAAAGAAGUGAUACAAAUGACAUAAAUACUUAUUUUAGUAGUAAAGAGAACGAUGAAUCAAAUUCUUUACCCUGGAUGCCAAUCAUUCCUCCGCACAUGGAAAAUACAUCAAAAACUUCAGAACAAAUUAAAGAAAUUGUCGAGCCAAUUAUCGGUGACAAAAAAAUAGAUCAAAAUUCAAAAAUAGUAGAACCACUUGUUAUAUUGAAACCUAAGCGCGAAAGUAGUACUUUUGAUACUAAAUUGAAUAAUUUGAAGGAAUUUAAACCGGAAAAUAGAACGUUGAAACGAGCUAAUGAUAAGCGUUCUUUUGAAAUUUCUUCCAGCAAUCUAAAUUCAACACAACAAAUCAAAACCACAAAUUCGAGCAGAAAUUCAAAAGAAAAUUCAACUGAAUCAAAACCAAUAAUGGUUCAGCUCUUUCCUUAUAAAAUCGCUAGUAUGUUUGAAAAAGCUGAACGGUAUGCUCGUCAAACGAUUCUUCCGUAUUUAACGGAGCAAUUUCCAACUUUUUUUAAAACUACAGCUGAUAUUUAUGACGAAUUCGAAAAUGAUACAAACAUAGUUGAAGAUAGUCGAACCGUUGUUGAUACAUUCGAAGUAGAGAGACCUCAAAAAAGAGCCUUCCGUAGUACACCCGCACGAAAUUUGGAAAAAGUAGAGGACUAUUUGAGAAGUUACAGUAAUUUUAGUGGAAUAAGAGAGGUUCUUCAAGAAAAAAAUGAUGAACACAAUGUUAAUACACUGGACUUGAGAAAAAUUAACUUGCCCACUUUUAAACCUACAAGACAAACAAAAACUAUCAGGCCGAAACUUUACAUACCGUUGGAAAGAAAACAAGAAGCUGAUUCCAGUAACAAGUCAUAAAAUUAACAUUUAUGAAAUUACAAUGCGAUAGAUAAUAAUAUUGACUGAUUU